CUGGACGACCGCCCCUCGAUGAGCUCAGAGUUGCGCCGUGAUGUCAGCGGGGGCGUUGGCGUCGGUCGGUGCGCUUUUCCCGGAGCCACGCACGGAAACGUGCACCCACUUGGGGAUCUAGAGGCCUGUUUACACGCGCCACCCCUCGGCGGGCGGCGCUGCUCAGGCUCGUCCUUUCCCGCCCCUGGGACUCGGCUCUUACCCCACCUUGUAUUUGUGCAGCGCCCGUUGGCCUGGCCAGAGCAGAGAGGCUGGGUUUGUGAGGGCAGCCGCUCCGGAGUUCGAGCUGGGCUGAGAUUGCGGGCCGGCGAAGGCCGGCGGGGACGCGGUCGGGCUAUGCUGGGCAAGGAUUACAUGCUGGCCAUCAUUCUGGUCAACUGCGAUGAUGACUUGUGGGGGGACCAGAGUCUUGAGGGGGAGCCAGGACUGCCCCCUGGCUGGAGGAAGAUACGAGAUGCUGCAGGUACUUACUACUGGCAUGUACCCAGUGGCAGCACCCAGUGGCAGCGCCCAACCUGGGAGACAGGCGAUGCAGAGGAUCCAGGCACGAGGAUGGAGGGGAUUUGGGGACUUCGGCCCCCCAAGGGGAGAUCCUUCUCUAGCCUGGAGAGCUCACUGGACCGCAGGAACUCUCUGCCCUGGUAUGGUGAGGAGUCCUACAUCCAGAGUGUGGAGCCAGGGGCUAAGUGCUUUGCAGUCCGCUCCCUGGGUUGGGUAGAGGUACCCGAAGAGGAUCUGGUACCAGGGAAGAGCAGUAUUGCAGUCAAUAACUGCAUCCAGCAACUGGCCCAGACUCGCAGCCGUAGCCGCAGCCAGCCCCCAGAUGGUGCCUGGGGUGAGGGCCAGAACAUGCUGAUGAUCCUAAAGAAGGAUGCCAUGAGCCUGGUGAAUCCUCUGGACCACAGUCUAAUCCACUGCCAGCCUCUGGUGCACAUCCGUGUGUGGGGUGUGGGCAGCUCCAAGGGCCGGGACUUCGCUUUUGUGGCGGGUGACAAAGACAGCUGUAUGCUCAAGUGCCAUGUGUUUCGCUGUGAUGUCCCUGCCAAGGCCAUCGCCAGUGUCCUACAUGGGCUCUGUGCCCAGAUCUUGUCAGAGCGAGUAGGUGUCAGUGGUGAUUCCCCUUGCUCCUCCCUAGACCCCAUCUCCCCUGAAGACCUGCCACGGCAAGUGGAGCUGCUGGAUGCAGUGAGCCAGGCUGCUCAGAAGUACGAGGCACUGUACAUGGGGACCUUGCCAGUCAACAAAGCCAUGGGCAUGGACGUGCUGAAUGAGGCCAUUGGUAUCCUCACCACCCGGGGGGACCAGGAUACCUGGGUCCCUGCCAUGCUCAGUGUGUCUGACUCUCUAAUGACUGCACAUCCCAUUCAGGCAGAAGCUGGUGCAGAGGAGGAACCACUAUGGCAGUGCCCUGUGCGCCUUGUGACCUUUAUUGGUGUUGGCCGUGACCCUCACACCUUUGGCCUCAUUGCUGACCUGGGCCGUCAGAGCUUCCAGUGUGCAGCCUUCUGGUGCCAGCCCCAUGCAGGGGGACUCUCUGAAGCUGUGCAGGCUGCUUGCAUGGUUCAGUACCAGAAGUGUCUUGUGGCCUCUGCAGCUCGAGGCAAGGCCUGGGGUGCCCAGGCCCGUGCUCGCCUGCGGCUCAAGCGGACCAGCUCCGUGGACUUCCCAGGAGGUCCCCUCCCGCUCCCCCUGCUCAAAGGAGGGGUUGGGGGUGCAGGGGCAGCCCCUCGAAAGCGGGGUGUCUUCUCUUUUCUUGAUACCUUCCGUCUGAAACCCUCUCUGCUCCAUAUGCCCUAAGUUAAUCCAGGAGGACUGGGUAAGGAGGCUCUGGGUCCAUGCCCAACUCUAUACCCCUUCAUUCUCCAGGGGCCUGUAGCCUCUCACUCCUUGAAGCCUUCUCUGCCUGCCCCUCCGGCUCUUGCCUACCCUCUGUUUAUUGCCCGGUUUAUUAAAUAUUUAUAGGGAUGACUGAGAGGCCCUGCACCACAACCCAGGCCCCUGGCUGUCCUUUCCCUGGGUCCCUGUGUUCCUUGCCCCUGUCCAGCCCUGGACAGUUGGCUCUACCUCAGCAACACUUUAUAGCAAAAUCAGUACAAAUAAAAAUCCCUCAGUGACCUCA